GCAAGCCGACCUCAGGCCGGGGGUUGUUGUCGCCGCCACCUCUGCCGCGUCAGCCCUUAGGAGAGGGAAGCCCCGUUUGUUGCCAUGGCCUGCGCGCUCGUGCCUUUCUGCGGUUUCCAGGACCUGGAGUCGGCGCGGGACUUCUUGUGUUCGCACCUCCGUCAAGGCGGCGCUGGUGGAGCGGGGGGCGUCAAGGAAAGCAGCGGUAAACCGACAAACUGGGAAGAAGAUGGUUGGGGAGCCUGGGAUGAAGCAGUAACACAAGAGCCUGAGGAAGAAGAAGAAUCGUCUUCCAAGACACAGGCAAGUUCUUGGCUUCAGGAUUGUGUCUUAUCCUUGUCGCCAACAAAUGAUCUCAUGGUAAUAGCUCGUGAGCAGAAAGCUGUUUUUUUUGUGCCAAAGUGGAAACACAGUGAAAAUGGAAAAGAAGAAAUGCAGUACGCUGUUGGUUGGAGUGGCUCUUUGAAUGUUGAAGAAGGUGAAUGUGUGAGCAGUGUAUUGUGCAUCCCGCUGGCAAGUCAAAAAAGGAGUUCCACAGGCCGACCUGACUGGACCUGUAUCGUUGUAGGCUUCACUUCUGGCUAUGUACGCUUCUACACUGAGAAUGGAGUAUUGCUCCUGGCACAGCUUUUAAAUGAAGAUCCUGUCCUGCAGCUUAAAUGCAGAACGUACGAGAUUCCACGGCAUCCUGGAGUUACAGAGCAGAAUGAGGAACUGAGCAUCCUGUAUCCUGCAGCAGUUGUGACAAUUGAUGGUUUUAGCCUAUUUCAGUCCCUCCGUGCGUGUCGAAAUCAAGUAGCAAGAGCUGCAGCUUCAGGCAAUGAGAAUGUUCAGCCACCUCCAUUAGCCUAUAAGAAGUGGGGUCUGCAGGAUGUGGAUACUAUAGUUGAUCAUGUUAGUGUUGGCAUCAUGACUCUAUCACCAUUUGAUCAAAUGAAGACUGCUUCCAAUAUUGGUGGAUUUAAUGCAGCUAUAAAGAACAACCCCCCCGCUAUGUCUCAAUACAUUACUGUGGGAUCAAAUCCUUUCACUGGUUUCUUUUAUGCCCUUGAGGGUAGUUCACAGCCACUGUUGUCCCAUGUUGCUUUAGCAGUUGCAAGUAAGCUGACGUCUGCAUUAUUUAAUGCUGCCAGCGGUUGGCUCGGCUGGAAGCACAAACAGGAAGAAGAACCUGUGCAGAAGCAGAAGCCCAAGGUUGAGCCUGCAACUCCUUUAGCUGUAAGGUUUGGAAUUCCAGAUUCUCGUCGCCACGGAGAAAGGAUAUGUCUUUCUCCUUGUAAUUCUUUGGCAGCAGUAACUGAUGAUUUUGGAAGGGUUCUUCUAUUGGAUGUUGCAAGAGGACUUUCUAUUCGUAUGUGGAAAGGCUACCGUGAUGCACAGACGGGUUGGAUUCAAAUUGUGGAGGAUCUACAUGAAAGGGAAGCCGAGAAGGUGGAUUUUUCGCCUUUUGGCACUCCUCAGGGGCCAAGCAGAGUGGCUCAGUUCCUUGUGAUUUAUGCUCCCAGGAGAGGGAUCUUGGAAGUAUGGAGCACACAGCAAGGUCCCAGGGUUGGCGCUUUUAAUGUAGGGAAAUACUGCAGGUUGCUGUAUCCUGGCUAUAAAAUCAUGGGCCUGAACAACGUAACAAGUCAGGGGUGGCAGCCUCAGACUUACCAGAUCUGUCUUGUUGAUCCAGUGUCAGGAACAGUAAAAACUGUUCACGUACCUUUCCAUUUAGCACUGAGUGAUAAGAAGAGUGAGCGAGCAAAGGAUAUGCAUCUAGUGAAGAAGUUGACUGCCUUGCUGAAAGCUAAAACAUUAAAUCUGGAUGUGUUUGAGGCUGAAGUGAAGGAAUUAAUUCUCGAUAUUAAAUAUCCUGCUACUAAAAAACAGGCUUUGGAAAGCAUCCUGGCAAAUGAACGUUUGCCGCUAUCUUCUCUGACAAACAUUGCACAGACAUUGAUGGAUACCUUAAAAAAUCAGGAGGUGGAAUGUAUUGAUGAAGGGCUGUUACAGUUCUGUACAAACAAACUGAGACUAUUGCACCUUCAUGAAUCAAUCAACAAACUAAAUUCUGUGACCGUACAAUCUGAGAUAGUACCAUCUGAUAAUGACUUGGCUAAAUUACUCCGAUUAGAUGAAAAAGAGUUUACUAGGCUGCAGAUGUUACUGGAGAAUUACAAGCAGCAAAACACCCAACCUUCUGUGCGUUUUGCGGAGGAUAAAGAUGGUGUGCUGCCUGUGAAAACUUUCUUGGAGUAUUUGGAUUAUGAAAAGGACGUGAUUAAUGUGAAGAAGCUAGAUGAGAAAGAAUAUGUGGCAUUAGGAAGCUUUUUUUUCUGGAAAUGUUUACAUGGAGAAAGUUCAACAGAAGAAAUGUGCCAGAUGUUGGAGUCUGCAGGAUUUAGCCCCCAACUGUUAUUGUCCCUGCUUCUCAGUGUGUGGCUUUCUAAGGAAAAAGAUAUUCUUCACAGAACACAAUCAAUUUGCUGUCUUCAUGCUGCGCUGUCCCUUUUGAGCACGAUGACAGUUGCUAUAGAUGAGUCCUGGGAUUCUCAGUCUGUCUCCCCCUGGUGGCAGCAAAUGCGGACAGCAUGUAUCCAGUCUGAGAAUAAUGGAGCUGCCUUAUUAUCUGCUCAUGUUGGGCAUUCUGUAACAGCGCAGAUAACUGAUAGCAUAGCAGAAAAAAAGUUUUCUCAGAUAACUGUAGGUGCUGAUACGGACUCUUGGGAAGCGCUCUCACUUGAUACUGAAUACUGGAAACUUCUGUUGAAACAGUUAGAGGAUUGCCUAAUACUUCAGACACUCCUGCACAGUAAAGUGAGCAAAAAGACAACCCAAGUCUCGUCUCUGCAAUCCGAACCACUUAGCAGACUUUCUGUAAAGAAACUGCUUGAAGGAGGAAAAGGAGGCAUUGCUGACAGUGUAGCAAAAUGGGUUUUCAAGCAAGACUUCAGCCUACCAUUGCUCAGACUGGGGCGACAGAGGGAAGCAUCGGAAAAUGAAGAGGAAAUGCCACGAACUAGCAUCAGUUUUCUAGCUGAGAGUGCAGAAGACCAGCCAGGCUUGGAUGCCAUAUUAGAAUUACUGCAUUUAGCGUAUCAGCAAUUUCCUUGUAGUCUAGAGAUGGAUGUGCUCCAUGCGCAUUGCUGUUGGGAAUAUGUUGUGCAGUGGAACAAGGACCCAGAGGAAGCACAUUUUCUCAUCAAGUCUAUAGAACAUCUGAGAUGCAUCGAUAAUGCUCAUGUUCAGCAUGGAAUUGCUUUAAUGAUGUGGAACACAUUCAUAGUGAAAAGGCUUUCUGCUGCUACCUACUUAAUGGACAAGGUUGGAAAAGCACCAAAGGAUAGAUUAUGCCGAAGGGACGUCGGGAUGAGCGACACAGCAAUGACAUGUUUUCUUGGCUCUUGCUCAGAUCUUCUUCAAACUCUCAUGGAGGCUGAUGUACGGAGUGAUGAGAUGCAGCUUCCUGUGCUGGACACAGAGGAUGCCUGGGUGUCAGUGGAAGGACAGAUCUCACUAGUGGAACUAGCCCUGGAACAGAAACACAUCCAUUACCCCCUUGUUGAGCACCAGUCUGUGCUCUGCACUCUCUUGUACGGAAUCAUGAAGUUUUCACUGAAGAGUGUGAAGCCCCUCUCUCUUUUUGACAGUAAGGGUAAAAAUGCCUUUUUCAAAGACCUUACUUCAAUUCAGUUGCUGCCUAGUGGUGAUGUGGAUCCAGCCCUGCUGUCUACAAGGCAUCAAUUCUUAACCAAACUAGUGAGUGCAGUGGCACAAGCCCAGUCGUCAUCCCAGAAGGCAGCGGACAGCCCAGGAGAGUUGGUGGUUCUGUCAGUGAAAGACCGGCGGGAUUGGCCAGCCCUGGCUCUGGAUUUGGCUCAGCACCUACAGGUCAAUGAGGAUGUGAUCAAACGGCACUAUGUGUGCGAGUUGUAUAAUUAUGGCCUGGAUCAACUUGGAGAAGAGGCUAUUCUUCAAGUCCAUGACAAAGAAGUCCUCGCAUCUCAGCUCUUGGUGCUGACAGGACAGAGGUUGGCCUAUGCCUUGCUGCACACCCAGACCAAGGAAGGCAUGGAGCUGCUUGCCAGGCUACCUCCAACCCUCUGCACUUGGCUUAAAGCUAUGGACCCCCAGGAUCUUCAAAAUGUAGACGUGCCCAUUACCACAACUGCAAAGCUAGUGGAUAAAGUGAUAGAACACUUGCCAGAAAAUCACGGGCAGUACAGUGUUGCCUUGAAUCUAAUUGAGGCCGUGGAAGCAAUGUCAUGAUGGCAACAUUACCAGUUCUGCUAAUAGUUUCAAACAGUUCUGUAGCAUAAAUUUAGUGCAUGGCUCCUGUACAUACAGAAGCACAACCAUCUAGUGGAAACUAUUCCAAAGUGACUUUUAUACACUCACAACUUUAGACUUUUACGAGACGGUAUCUAUGUGAAGUUCUACCUUACUGUGGUGGGUAAUACCAGCAGUCUGUCAUCUUUGUAUAUUUGUCUAUAACCCUAAAUAUUUAUUUUUUAACUCCCAAGCAUUUGUGCAGUAGUUUAGGUUUAAGAACAGCUUUGGUGCUGUUCAAAUUAAUAUGUUAAGAGUUUUUCAUAUGCUAAAAGAUAGACUGCUGCUUUUUAAAUGUUAACAUUACAGGAAUUUAAUCAGAAGCUGAGAAAGCAGAGCUCCUACAUAUGUUGCUUUGGUAGUGCUUCUGGUUUCAAAACUAGUAGCUUGACUACUUUAACAAAAGCCAGCUGCUUGCAGCAUUAAAAGCAUCACACAAUCAUGUUAGGCCAAGUGGCAGCUCUCUUGAAACAAGAAUAUCGCCUUGGGAGCAGAGAGCAAGUCCAGUUUUAGAAGGAAGUAUCAGCAUAGAAGCUGAAAAUGAUGUUGCCUCUUGGAUGUUUUGAUUACUUAUCAAAUAUAAAAUCAGGAAUCUAAUUGAAGCUGAUCAGGUUCUGUAGAAACGCUGUUCUUUUUUGUAACAAUUUCCAUUGUUGUACAGUCCAUUGUAAAAAUAUUGUAAAUUGUGUCUAGAACUAGAUUCCCUGUGUUGAAAUUUCUGCUUUCUGUACACAGUUGUCCAAGAGAUGAAGCAUUAAAAAAAACCUUGACAUUCUU